AAGUACUCGAAUUCAACCAGUUUUUCGCUUUGCCGACGAUUUUAAAAAAACAGCAGCAAGCAAGAAAAACUCAGCAGUAAAAAUGGAUGAUAUAAACAAAAUGUUGUUUGAGUACGAAAAAACUCUGGAUCCAAAUCACGCAUUUCAGAGAGACAAUACAGAGUAUCGAUCGAAAAGAAGCUUAGGCUUUGAAACUUCUUACGAAACUCUGGAUGAUAAGAAGCCAAUGACAAAGGAUUUCACAACAAUGGAAUCUUUAAAUAAUAACAAUCAAGAGUUUUGGCGUCCAGCGUUUAUAAUUCCAACAGACGGUGAAAAAACUAUUAAUAAUAACAAACCUAUAUGGAGUGAAACAAAAAUUCUUCCGACAAUGGAAUCGUUUAAUCGUAAUAAUCAAAAGUUUUGGCGCCCAGCGUUUAUGACACCAACAGACGAUGAAAAAACUAUGAAUGAUAACAAACGUAGUGAAACAAAUUUUUUUCCGACUAUGAAACCAUUAAAUCGUGAUAAUCAAAGAUUUUGGCGUCCUGUUUUCAUGGCUCCAACAGACGGUGAAAAAACUAUUAAUAAUGACAAACCUAUGUGGAGUGAAACAAAAGUUCUUCCAAAAUUGGAAGCAUUAAAUAGCGAUUUAUGGAAUCCAUCGUAUAUGACGUCAGACUAUAAUGAAAAUACUGUUACUUAUAUUAAGCCUAAGUUGAGUGAAACCUCUUUUGAAACUCUUGGUAUUAAUCAAGAAACCGACGCUUACUUUCCUUACAACAAAUACAAAAACAAUAAAUUUAUUUAUGGCGAUGUUUUUGGAAAAAAUAUGCAGCCUACACUGGAAGUCAAUAAGUUGCCUAUUGAACCUAACAGCAAAAGUAAAAAAGUAAUUGAUGACGAAUACACCCCAAGCGGAUAUUUCAAUCAUCCAAGCGGACAACAUACUCAAAUGAGAGAAAAACGGUCCACCAAGUUUGUCACAAAAAGUAAAAUAAACAAGCGUCAAAAAGUUAUUUAAAAAACAACAAUGACGAAAAUAAA